UCCACCGGUCACUACACAUUAUCUCUUACUUUAUUUGCUACAUUUUCUCCCAAUAUAUAAACUAGUUAUCAUCAUCCAGGGAGAAAGGUUGGGUGUAUACAGAGCAGCAGCCAUGGCAGCCAAUCAUCUCUUCAUCCAUCUUCUCAUCCUCCUCUCCGUCUUCACCUUCUGCAGAUCUGACGAUCCGGAUUGUGUGUACACGGUUUACGUGAGGACGGGGUCGAUCAUAAAGGGUGGGACCGACUCCAAUAUCAGCUUAACUCUCUACGAUGCCGAGGGCUACGGGAUCAGGAUCAACAAUCUGGAAGCGUGGGGCGGGCUGAUGGGCCCGGGUUACAACUACUUCGAGAGGGGAAACCUCGACAUCUUCAGCGGCCGAGGCCCGUGUUUGACCGGCCCGGUUUGCGCGAUGAACCUCACAUCUGACGGAACGGGCUCCGGUCACGGGUGGUACUGUAACUACGUGGAGGUAACCACCACCGGGAUCCACCAGCAGUGCGCUCAGGUGCAGUUCACGGUGGAGCAGUGGCUGGCCACCGAUACGUCGCCGUACGAGCUCACCGCCAUCAGGAACUACUGUCCGUCGGACAAGAAGAACCGGGUAAUGGACGGUUCCGAUUCGUCUUUGUUGUCUGUCAUGUAGGAGGGUUUCGGGCUCCGAGUAUUGGGUCGGAGUAUCCGAACCCGUUCCGGGUUUCUUUUUUCGUUUGCCUUUGUCCCACUUGAGUGUUGGUGAAUUUUGGGUCGGGUCGUCAAUCAGAAUAUUGUAGGGUAAGUCAGAUAAAUAAAAGAGAAUGAACCAAAAUGCCCUUUUUGGUUAAAAGGGCGUUCCCAUGGUUUCUUGAAUAAUUACCUCUCCUGCUUUCCUCUGUAUUUUCUUGGGAUGCUUUGCGCCGUUUUUUGUUCCUUUCUUUUUUUCGCUGUUGAAUGCAAAAUCGUUUGUUUGUACAAAAUCACGAUUUUAUGGCUAUUUGGACUUUUGAUUA